AUGUAUGAAUCAUUCCGUCCUCAUCCGCUUCUUGCCCAAGUCCCCUUGACAGUCUCCCCGUUCAUCAAUCUCCCUACCUCAGUCACUCUUCCCUACACCUACAAGUCGGUUCCGUCAACUCUGCCUCCAUCUGUUACCGUUGAUCCCAGUAAUCCGGACAUCAAAGCCCGUUAUGUGGUCUCCCCAAGCGGCGAGCAUGCGGCGCGUCCCGAAGAGAUCCUGGCCUCUUGCAAGUCGCUGGAGGAACAUCUGAACAGGACGCGAAUCGAGGCCGAGAACGCGAUCAAGAAAUGGGAGGAAGCAAUAUCGCAACGAGAGCUUGCGGAAAAGAGGCGUGUUGCCCCGGGUUGGCUGGAUCGAGAUGAGAAAUUGCUUCAGCCUAUCAGUUCGGCGCCGGCUCAGUCGUCAAAGAAUCAGUCAAACCAUAGCUUACUGGACAGCGCAUCCGGCAAUCAGAGUUCCUCCGGCUUUCCUGCCAUGGUACCUCGUGAUGAGGGCGAAGAGUUGGAUCGAGCUUUUGGAGGAUUGGAUGUGAAAUAG